GUCACGUAAAUCCAACCGGCGGUCAUCUGGGAAGAACUAUAAUCACUGACAAAAUAAGGAGCAGAUACUACUGGCCAAACCAGUACAUUGAUAUCGCAAAUCAGAUAAGAAAAUGUGAUAGGUGCCAGAUGAUGAAUUCUGUUCUCAAAUUGCAGUCAAACGAACUCCACCCUAUUCCUGUUCGUUCAGAAGUGUGGAGUCUAGUUGGAAUUGAUCUCAUGGUACCGCUAACAAUGACAUGUCAAGGAAACCAAUACAUACUAACAAUGACACGAUAUUUCAGUAAAUGGGUUGAAGCUUUCCCCAUAUCAGACAAAACUGCUGUUACAGUGGCCAGGGCUUUGUACACUGAUUACUGUAGGCAUGGAGCACCAAAUGAUAUUAUCACUGAUCAAGGCAGAAAGUUUGUCAACCAGGCUGUAUAACCAGGUGUGCAAGGUACUCCAUUGUCAAUUCAAUGUCAGGCAAAGAAUAACAGCUGCUUAUCAUCCUCAGUCUAACGGACUAGAUGAAAGAACAAAUCAAACAAUUAGAAAAUGCCUUGAAAAAUUGGUAAUAGAGCAUGAAGAAGACUGGGAUGAACUCCUUGACCCAGUUCUCUUUGCUAUUCGAACCAGUGUUCAAGAGUCCACCAAGUUCACUCCUUUCUUUUUAAUGCAUGGACGAGAAGCUAGGUUUCCUUUAGAAGCUGAAAACAGUGAGAUCACUUCUGUCAGUCAGUUGGGUGAUGUGCAGCAAGCAGUACGUCAUCUAAAGGAAAUGAGAAACAAAGUUUUCCCUCAAGUAAAAGAAAACAUUGAAAACAGUCAGGAAAGACAGAAACAACAAUACAGAAAAAGAAAAGGAGCUGUAGUAAACUCUAUCCAGGUUGGACAGACUGUUUUGCGAUUAAAUAUGCUAAAAAGGACAACGAAAGGUCAUAAGAUGGAAGACACCUGGCUUGGACCAUACAGAGUUAUAGAAAUGACUGCAUCUGGUGACUGUGUCCUUCGUUGCAUCAAAACUAAUUCAACAAUGAAGCGCAAAGUUAAUAUUAGUCAGCUGAUGAUCUACGAAUUGGCAAAUGCGACAAGUAAAGAUGAUGAAUCAGCUGCUACUAGGAUUAAGGGCAACAGCAAGCCAAAUUUCUCAGAUUUAGAACGUCAGCUAUUUGAUCAAAGUCUGUUACGGCUGUGGCGCACAGGAGCAAUAUGGGAGGCUUGGAAAGCUGAAGAAGACGACGAGAGAGAGCUUGCUGAACAUACAAGCUCUGUUGAAGAAUGUUGGCUUAGUGUCAAUGUAGACGUGGCUCUGUGGCUAGACUGUCAAACAUAUGAGAAAAAGCCAACAUUAAAACGAGUUAGUGAUUUUGUGCUAGUAAAUCCUGUUGUUCAUCAAGAGUUCAAUGAUUUUGCAAAAGCUGAAAUAACACCAGAAUUGCAAUUACUACUAGACGUGGACUUAAUUAAGGUCUGGGAAACUGACAAAGCACUCUCAUUGCCAAGGGUGUCUCGAUAUCAAAACGUGUAUGUCAACAUCAGCAGCUCUCAACUUGAUGACCUAUGCCUGUGGGUAUAUGAUAUGAGAAAGCUGUAUAACAGUAAAGGAAGAAGUUUGUUUGAGGUAGUUAAUAAGAGAGCAAGUAUGCCUCAAACAUUGUCUAGUCUAACAUCAGCUGCCGAGAGUUCACAAAGAUGGGUACAUGGUCUGAAUCUCAAUGAAACUGAUAAAUGCAUUAUACAAGGCAAGUGUGCCGACGGCUUUCUAACUGACAAGCACAUGCAUGCUGCUCAUCAGCUUCUAUUAAAGCAGUUUCCCUUCAUCAGUGGACUAGAGUCAACACUCCUUUGUCAGACUUACGGAUUCGCUCAUGUAACAAGUGAUGCUAUUUAGAUUCAUUUACAGGAAGUCAUCAUUGGGUGACUUCAACCUGCUUUGGCAAACGAGUAUGACUAUACGACAGCAAUGUUGGCCUACACUUGUCUCCUUGUACGGAAACACAGCUGGCGCAAAUCUAUCAAUUGGCUCACAAAGACAACAUUCUCAUGGUAGAACAAAUGCCAGUGCAACAGCAACAAAAUGGUAAAAUUGCGGGCUAUUUGCAAUAGCAUAUGCAUUUCAUGCAGCUCUAGGAGAUGAUGCAACCAUCAAGCAUUUUGAUAUUUCCAAAAUGCGACAACAUCUGAUUUACUGUUUGGAUCGAGAGGAGCUCUCACCUUUUCCAAUGGAAGAAGACAAGCCACUGGAAACAUGUGACAGAAGUCACUUUUAUAUUUCUUUGCACUGCACGUGUUUGUUGCCAAAGACACAUGGCAAGAUGGUAGAGUGUUACGUCUGUAAAAACUUGUAUCAUCACAGAUGUGUCACAUUGUCAGGUAGUGAGCCUUGGAUUUGCGCUAAAUGUAGAUAAAAAUGUCUUGCUAUACACAGCUUCAGUAUUAAUUUGUUCAAUUAAUACAUCAACUUUAAAUAUACAAAGUUGAAACUGUGAACUAAGUCAGAAUCUAGAACCUUAGUUAAACAUUUGACAACGAUAUCUUCUAUAUACUUACCUUAAUUAAAUUGCCAGCUGUGUUAAGAUUUCCGUCCGUCCGUGUGUACAGAUGACCAGGUCGUCCAUAAGUCUCUAGUUGGCAUACACACGUGCACAUCAAUGCUCCUACAGCGAUCUCCAGUUGCAAGUUGAGAACUGCAGGCUCGUAGACCCAUCUAUGCCUGCAGCUGAGUCUGCAAUCGUCUCCAGCUAAUGUUGGAGUGAAUCUC